AUGACAAGAUGGAUUAGACCACUUCAAAUUCAGAUGUAAAGAAAAAAAAACAAAAGUGAUUUCUUGUCAGAAUUAAAUUUUAAAUUUUUUGUAGAUCAAAAAGUUCUUGUGAUUAUACUACAGUACUUUUGUACACAAAUGUUAUGCGAAAUAUGUCAAGACUUGAAAUACAAGGAUCAAUCAAUCAAUUUUCUGAGCCACAAAGUUCUGAAAUCAAAUUUAUCGAGCCAAUUCGAUAUGUUCAAAAUCCAGUUGUAUUUUGUAUAAAUCCAUUGGUUGCUGAAUUAGAUUGGAGGAUACUUUUGGAACAAAUUAGUGUUACAAAAAGGUUUUCUUUUUUCAAUUUUUACGAAUUGAAUAUAUUUUCUACGUAGAUUUGGAGCACAUCUUCAUAUUUAUGUUAUUAGUAUGUCUGAAGAAUUUUACAAAGUUUUGAAAACGAACAUCGAAAAAGUAAGCAAUCAUUUUUUUUCUUGUAUGGAAAAUGUCAAAAAACAAAUGAAUUUUCUUGAAGUUUUCCCACAUUUCCAUAUCACUUUGGCCUUCGAUUAAAUUUCCACAAACAUAUCACCCAACUUCUUCUGAUUCAUUUCUCCAAUUCGAAUUUCGAACACAAACAGCUUCUUCAACUGAUUGUCUCAUUAAAUUCAAAGAAUCUGCACAAUUUAUUGGAACUAUGGAUUUACAAGACAUUAUUAUCCCCAAUUUUGAAAAAUUGAAUUAUUAUGAGAUAUUUGAGAUGGGUUAUAAUUGGUUGCAAAUUCAAAAUUCAGAUAUACAAUUUGUUCGUCCCGAAUAUUUUAAUAUCACGAAAAGUGAGCUGAAUCAAGAAAAUAGAUAUAUUUCAAAAUAUAUUGGGAAUGAACAAAAAACAAUUAUUCAAAGUGUUAAUGUGAAACGGUGUGUUUUCGAAAAAUUUUCCGAUUUUUUCCAAAAGUUUAUCCAUUUUCCAGCCUGAAAACAGUAUCAAAGUAUUCUCAAAUAAUAACACAAUGCCUCAAAUCCUUGUCAAAUUCUGAAUGUGUCAAUUUAUUCAAAUGUGAUCUACCAAAAAAAGACAAAGUUCAAUGUAUUCAUUCGGAUGCUCGUUAUCGAUCUGGUCUUCAAAUGUCUCCAAUAACAUUUCAUUUUAAUCAAGAACCAUAUUUUAAUAGAAAUUAUCGAUGUUUUCUCUGA